AUGAGCGGGCGAGUGGAGGAGCUUGACGCUGGCACUAAGGUUGGCGAUGCCGCUGGCGGAAACACCGAGCAGAAUGGAAAGGCUGUCGUUGAUGGACACGUUCCUUUGCGGGUUAUCGAGAAGGGUCGUUCGACCCACUUCCUUGACAAGUUCUUCAACAAUGAGCAGAGGGAAUGGAUCAAGAUGCAGGUGUGGGAGGCGGCUGCAGCGAUUCUGGGAUUCAUGGUGCUGAACCUGAAGGCGGUGGUGCUGCUGGGCCUAGACCUGUUCCGCCUGGUGGUGCCGCCAGAGGAGAAGAGCCUCGCCGGGGAGCUGGUUUUGGUAACCGGAGCCGGCCAGAACUUGGGGCGUGAGCUGGCGGUGCAGUUGUCUCGCCUGGGGGCCAAACUCAUCCUCUUGGACAUCAACGAGAAGCAGAACUAUGCGACGGCGGAGUUGGUGAGGAACGAGGGCGGCGAAGCCCAGGCGUACUACUGCGACGUGUCUGACCAGGAGGACGUGGCCGCCGUGGCCGCCAAGAUCCGGCGCGAGGUGGGUCACCCUCGCUACGUGUUCAACAACGCUGGCACGUACGAACACAAGCCCUUCCUGAACCACUCCCCCGCAGACAUCAUGAGAAUGGUCAGCGUCAACCUCCUGGGCAGUCUGUGGGUGGCGCGGGAGUUCCUGGGCCACAUGGUGAAGCACAACAACGGCCACCUGGUGUGCAUCUCCUCCGUGCUGGGCUACAUCGGCAGGCAGAACGUGGUGCCAUACUGCGCAUCCAAAUUUGGCGUCAAGGGAAUGACGGAAGCGCUGGCGGAGGAGAUGAGGAUGGAACGGCGGUCCGGGGUGCGCGUGACUGCCGUGCAUCCCUUCCUCAUCUCAAACAUUUCCGACGUGAACCCCAACCUGAAGUUCCCGUGGCUCUUUGAGGUCCUGAGCACCAGCGAUGCUGCAGCAAGGAUUAUUCGAGGUGUGAGGAGAAAUCAAGAGGAAAUUUUUCUCCCUGAGAAACUGAAACCUUUCAUGGUAUUCUCCAAGGUAUUGCCCAGAAAACUGCGCCGUCUCUUUGGAGACUACAUGGAGUCAUGAGGCACUCCAAGCACCGCACAGUCAUGAGCCAGUUUCUCAUCUACACCAAUCAGCAUGGAGCUGAGAGUCUGGUCCCUCUCUUAACAAAGGUCAAGCAAUCCCUCCUUUUGACCAAUAGGAUCUGGAACUGACACAACUACACAGGCCAUGGCAUCCAUUCUUUCUCGCCAUCCUGAAUAACAGUUGAUUCAAACUUUAUGGGCACCAUCACUGCCCCUCAUGCAUACUGCUUCUUCAAAUGAGAGAGAGAGAGAGAGAGAGAGAGAGAGAGAGAGAGAGAGAGAGAGAGAGAGAGAGAGAGAGAGAGAGAGAGAGAGAGAGAGAGAGAGAGAGAGAGAGAGAGAGAGAGUUGUCAUUUAAGACUGAAGCUUGAGUUGUCCUGUCUGCAUAAUCUGCUUUUGUUCACUGUAAUAGACAUACAGAGAGAGAGAGAGAGAGAGAGAGAGAGAGAGAGAGAGAGAGAGAGAGAGAGAGAGAGAGAGAGAGAGAGAGAGAGAGAGAGAGAGCUGUUCUUUUCUUUUAAUUUUACAUAGAGUAAUCAAGGUGUAUAUUUAUUCACGUUUCCAAGAUGUGUGAACCAAGACCUUGAAAUAAAAGAUGCAUUCUGAGUGCUUGCAGAAGCCUGGCAUUUCCUAA